AUGUCCGCCCAGCUUGUAGUGGGCGUGCAGAGCUCACUCGCUGUGCAUCUGUCCGACUCUGCACCUUUGACACAGUGGCCGGGCAUACAAGGUGCUCUGGGCCAGGACGAAGGCAACUACAUAGCCGUCUUGUUCCUGGCCUGGGCGUAUAUCCUGUCUGCGCGGUGGGCGGAGAUCAUGGAGGGGGUGCCCGGGUGUACAGUUCCAUUCUCUCCUUCUGACGAGCAUCCAUCCGACGGGCAACCCAACGAUCACUAUACCGCUGCAAUCGAGCUUGGCUACGAUACCGACACCGACGAAACAAACUGGUGGAGAUCCAUCCUCUCCGGAACCAGUGGCACCAGCCCAAGAACAGCAGAGUACAACCACCGGCCCUACCUCUCCCCCUGGUCCGUCAACCUCGCAAAACCAUCCCGCAUAGCUAUCACAGACCACCAACCCCGCCAGCAGCCCUCUACAUCCCAUUCCUCCCUCCCAAUCCCCCGCCAACUCCUUCCCCUUUCCCCACCGCCACUACCCACUCCCACACAAACCCAAGCCAACGAAAACCCCGACCCCAUCACGCCCCACGCCCUCCUCCCAUAUGACAUGACCCUCAGCACAAACCCAUGUGGCAUCCGCUCCCUCCUGCACAGCACAUUCUUCAAUCGCGACAUCGAAUGCAAUCUCGUGAGCGCGUGGCUCAACCCCGCCUUCGCGAUCAUCGAUCCGCUCCUUCACGCGAGUAACAUGCCCGCGCUGCUGCGCGUCCUCGGGCAUGGAGCGCCCCAACUUGGGGGCUUAUGGCUCGGUGCAUUUAUUGUAAACGUUGCUGGAUCCAUUCUCCGGGAUUUUCUCACGGCGAGGACAGAGGUGAGCGAUGGAGUUGCCAUACGGCGGGAGGAUGAGUGUCGGUUGCUGUUUUUGACGAGUCACAAGGGAGAGGGGGAGGGAGGGGGGUGGAGUAGAGCGCCGGUUCAUCCGUGGAAACCUUUGGGGGUGACGGUGCUGGGUGAGGCUGAGUUGCAGGUGCGGAUGCAUGCUUCCUGUGGGUGUCACCGUUUGGAGUAUCGGGGGUGGAGGUGGGGGCUUGUCGACGGCAGGGAGAUUGAGGAUGCUGGUGUAGGGCUUGUUGGGAUUUGUAGGGUUGAGUCUGGGGGGUGUGAUGUACUAGACCAGCGUCGAUUCGUGCUGCUUGAUCCUGAGGCGCUGGGUUCAGAGGCGCUGUCGGAGGUGGCUACGCGUGGGAUCUUCGGUUGGCUGCGCUCGAGGGGUUAUUCGGCGAGCGAGAGGGCCAAUUAUCAGCACGAGUGGGUGGAUCUGGCGAGUUCGGACGAUGAGCAUGAGCAGGGACAGGAGGUGAAGGAUGUCGCAUCUGGUACUUCUGAGGGGAGGAUAGGCUCCCGUGGAGUCAUCCAUGAAUGGCUUGGCGAUUGUGUAUAAACCAGAGUGAGACUAGCGAGCGCAAGGGCUGUAGAAUUGGGAAUUAAUGCUGCAGAUUGU